AUGGGGGUGGUGAUUGUAGAUGGAUCAACAGUACGUGACUUUGCUAACGACGAGGCUCAAUUCAAGAAGAGUGUGGACGAGACAUUUACAAAGCUUGACCUCAACAACGAUGGAGUCUUGUCCCGCUCUGAGCUCCGAAGCGCCUUCGAAACCUUGCGUUUGAUCGAAACCCACUUUGGAGUCGACAUAGCCACUGCACCUGAGGAGCUUACAAAGCUGUAUGACUCAAUCUUUGACAAGUUUGAUUGUGAUCAGAGUGGAAGUGUUGAUCUUGAAGAGUUUAGGUCAGAGAUGAAGAAGAUCUUGCUUGCUGUUGCUGAUGGGUUGGGUUCUAGUCCUAUUCAGAUGGUUCUUGAAGAUGAUGGCCAGAGUUUUAUCAAGCAAGCUGCUGAUUUUGAGGCCUCGAAGCUCCCUCAAGGGCCUUCUUCAGCUUGA